AGUUCAAAGCCAGUGAGAGUCAGUCUUGUGAUUCUAUCAUCAGGCCUACGAUUUUUAUUCCAAUGACGACGCAAUUGAAAUCACGUGGUUGUGCCAGUGUUUCUCUCAUUGGCGCGACUAUUCUAAUCUUAGCCAUGAUGGUACUCAGUGUAGAAAGUAACACAGUGAAGACGGAGGAGGUGCCGGAAUUUUUUAUGAAUGCUUAUAAGUCAAUUCCAAAAUUUGAGAAACGCAGUGGAAAUUUUGAAGAUUUCUUUUUGAAAGCAUCCAAAAGCGUGCCGAGGAUUGGUAGACGCGGAGGAUUCGCACCGACGUCAAUUAAAUCAAGUGGUUCGUGGCCGUGGUACAGAAAUUCGGAUUCAUUUCAAGAAGCUGCGAAAAGACCCGUGGAAUUUCCACCAGUCGCAGGAGACGAUCCGUGGUCCUGGGAGAAUUAUUCGAACGCCUUAGAAAAUUCACCCGAAUUUUUGAAAACUCUUAUGAGCCUUUAUGCGGCAGAUUCCUCAAAGUACGGAACAGCAUACGACAACGCACAGCAAAUUGUGCAAAGGGUAAAGCGUACGGAAGCUAGCGAAUCGAAAUGAAAAAUUGAAAAAAAAAUGAACCCCAACAGGACGAUUCAAAAUGGCCAAACAAAUUUAAUAUAAUGAUAGUCAACGCGCACUCCUUUUUAACUGUAUAAGAAUCAUCGGUGACGGGGCAAUAUUUCAAAUAAAUUUUGAAGCAUCGAA